AUGGAUCAUGCCGCCAUUGACGAAAGCAUCACGUCCCGCCAGGAAGUGUCCGGCUUCGGUUCGAUGAUCAGGACACAGCCGUUUUGGGUGUUCCUGGCGAUCCUGGCAAUCGGUAUCGUGAUGACCUUUGUCUCCGAUGCGUUCAUGACAGAACGCAACAUGUUCAAUAUCACCCGUAACUUCGCCUUCUUCGGCAUCAUGGCUCUCGGGAUGUCAGCGGUUAUCUGUACGGCUGGUAUCGACCUUUCCGUCGGGUCGCUGCUCGGUCUGUGUGCCAUUACGCUGGGCCUGACCAUGCAGGCUGGCUGGGGCAUUGAGGUAGGCUUUGUCGUUUGCAUGCUGACGGCAGCGGCCGUUGGCGCGAUCAACGGCGUUCUGAUUGCCUAUCUGAAGAUGGCGCCCUUCGUUGUCACGCUCGGCAUGCUGGCUAUGGCCAGAUCCAUUGCAAUGGUCAUUUCCAACAACAAGAUGAUCUACGAAUUCGGUCCCGACAUGGAGCUGUUCGAAUGGAUCGGUGGCGAAAGCAUGCUGGGUGUCCCGAAUGUGGUCUGGGUGCUGAUACUGAUGACGGCGGGUUUCUGGUGGGUCUGGAGAUAUUCCACCUGGGGCAGAUGGGUGAUUGCCAUCGGCGGAAACGCGCAAGCGGCAAAGCUCUCGGGCAUUCCGGUCGAGCGGAUGAUCGUCUCGGUAUACAUGGUGUGUUCCAUGUGCACGGGUCUCGCGGCAUUCAUGUUCAUCGGCUACACCGGCUCGGCCACCAACGGCAUGGGUGUGACCUAUGAGCUCAAUGUGAUCGCCGCCAGCGUGAUCGGUGGCGCCAAUCUCAUGGGCGGUGUCGUCUAUGCCCUUGGUGCUCCAAUCGGAGCCGCAUUGGUCGAACUCAUUCGCAAUUCACUGCUUUUGGCCGGUAUUCCGGCGCUCUGGCAGCAAUUCUUCGUUGGCCUGUUCCUGAUACUUGCAGUGCUCCUGGAACAGAUCCGAAGCAGAGGGCGCAGUUAA